CCCUCUCCCUCUUUCUCAGCCGCUACAUUCAAACUUCCCUCAACUUUCUCUUUCCUCUCUUCCGUUGUUCAACAACUGUGGAAUAAUGGCAGGAAAAGGAGAAGGUCCAGCCAUUGGAAUCGAUCUCGGAACCACUUACUCCUGUGUUGGAGUAUGGCAACAUGACCGUGUUGAAAUUAUUGCUAAUGACCAGGGUAACAGAACCACCCCGUCUUACGUCGCUUUCACCGAUUCUGAGAGGUUGAUUGGUGAUGCUGCUAAGAAUCAAGUUGCCAUGAACCCCAUUAACACCGUCUUUGAUGCCAAGAGGUUGAUUGGUAGGAGGUUCAGUGAUGCGUCGGUUCAAGCCGAUAUCAAGCUUUGGCCAUUCAAGGUUAUUCCCGGACCUGGGGAGAAGCCUAUGAUUGUAGUUAACUACAAAGGUGAGGAGAAGCAGUUUGCUGCUGAGGAGAUCUCUUCCAUGGUCCUUACCAAGAUGAAGGAGAUUGCCGAGGCUUACCUUGGUUCGACUGUUAAGAAUGCUGUUGUUACAGUUCCUGCCUACUUCAAUGACUCUCAGCGUCAGGCUACCAAGGAUGCUGGAGUUAUUUCUGGCUUGAACGUGAUGCGUAUUAUCAAUGAGCCAACUGCGGCUGCUAUUGCCUAUGGUCUGGACAAGAAGGCCACCAGUGUCGGUGAAAAGAAUGUUCUUAUCUUUGAUCUUGGAGGUGGUACCUUUGAUGUGUCUCUUCUUACUAUUGAGGAGGGUAUCUUUGAAGUGAAGGCCACUGCUGGAGACACCCAUCUUGGUGGUGAGGACUUUGACAAUAGAAUGGUGAACCACUUUGUUCAGGAGUUCAAGAGGAAGCACAAGAAGGAUAUCAGUGGUAACCCAAGGGCACUUAGGAGGUUGAGAACUUCUUGUGAGAGGGCAAAGAGGACCCUUUCGUCCACUGCUCAGACCACCAUUGAGAUUGAUUCUCUAUUUGAGGGUGUUGAUUUCUACUCCCCUAUUACCCGUGCUCGUUUUGAGGAGUUGAACAUGGACUUGUUCAGAAAGUGUAUGGAGCCUGUUGAGAAAUGUCUGAGAGAUGCUAAGAUGGACAAGAGCACUGUCCAUGAAGUUGUUCUUGUUGGUGGAUCCACUAGGAUUCCCAAGGUCCAGCAGUUGUUGCAAGAUUUCUUCAAUGGUAAGGAGCUUUGCAAGAGUAUUAACCCUGAUGAAGCAGUUGCCUACGGUGCUGCUGUUCAGGCAGCUAUCUUGAGUGGUGAAGGAAAUGAGAAGGUGCAGGAUCUUCUGCUUCUUGAUGUUACUCCUCUUUCUCUUGGUCUUGAGACAGCUGGUGGUGUCAUGACUGUCCUUAUCCCAAGGAACACUACCAUCCCCACCAAGAAGGAGCAGGUUUUCUCAACUUACUCCGACAACCAGCCCGGUGUGUUGAUUCAGGUCUAUGAAGGAGAGAGGACCAGAACCAGGGACAACAACUUGUUGGGUAAAUUUGAGCUUUCUGGAAUUCCCCCAGCACCUAGGGGUGUUCCUCAGAUCAAUGUCUGCUUUGACAUAGACGCCAAUGGUAUCUUGAACGUCUCUGCUGAAGAUAAGACUACCGGACAGAAGAACAAGAUCACAAUCACCAAUGACAAGGGUAGGCUAUCUAAGGAUGAGAUUGAAAAGAUGGUCCAGGAGGCUGAGAAGUACAAGUCAGAGGAUGAGGAGCACAAGAAGAAGGUCGAGGCCAAGAAUGCCUUGGAGAACUACGCUUACAACAUGAGGAACACAGUGAAGGAUGAGAAGAUUGGAGCCAAGCUCUCUGAGGAUGAUAAGAAGAAGAUUGAAGAUGCCAUUGACUCUACCAUCCAGUGGCUUGACGGCAACCAGCUUGCUGAGGCUGAUGAGUUUGAGGACAAGAUGAAGGAGCUCGAGAGCAUUUGCAACCCCAUCAUUGCGAAGAUGUACCAGGGUGCUGGCGGUGACAUGGGUGGAGGCAUGGAUGAUGAAGUUCCCCCAGCUGCUGGAGGUCCUGGCCCCAAGAUUGAGGAAGUCGACUAAGUUUUUCGUUCCUUUUUCGUUACUAUGUUCUUUGGAUUAGGUUUUGAAAACAAUUGGAUUAUUUUGGCAAUGGUUGUUUACAGUGGGUUAAGCACCCACUGUUAUUUUGGGAUUUAAACUGUUAUUUUUGCUGUAGGACAAGUAACUUUAGGAUUAUUACAUCUCUUCGUAAUUUGAAUCUUUUCUCGUAAUUGUUCCA